CCUAGUCGCCCUUCUGGAGCUGCAUUCCUGAAUAAUAUGUAAAGUCCAUGUUCAAUGGAUGAAGUGUCAGAAAAGUAACUGCUGUAAAAAUGCAUCUUCCUACGGCAUUCAAAUGCAUAUUGCGGACAAGUGUUGGCCACACUCGAAAUCCAUUUCCCAUCAUGCCAUCAUACCAUCAUUUGUGCAGACGAAUUUCCUCUUUCAACCGAACACAGCAACAACAAAAUAAUAGACCCGCCUUCAUUUUAAACGGCACUCGGCGUGGCAUUUUUAAAAAGACGCACUUGUGUUAAUCGUGUCUCCGCCAAGCAGAAAGCACUGCAGCUCUUAACUGCUCGCACAGAUAGCACUCGGCGUAUGCGUAACGUGCAAAUGGAUUACAGUGCGCAUACGACGUGUUGCUUUUCAGGUAAUUUAAUGAUUUUUUCAUUUAAUAGCUACGUGACGUCUUCAUAAGAAUACUUAAUAUGUUUGAUUUACAGAAAAAUUAAGAAUAACUUUACUAAGCUACCCACUCAAUAGCUGGUGAAUGUGGAGAAAAACUACAAUUAUUUUUGUUCUUUUUUUUUUCAAAUCUAAGUCGAAAAUCCUUCUUUUUAGUCACAUAACGUAAUCAUUGCAAAAUCAUUGUUAACAAUCAACCAAAAGCGUAAAAUUGAAGGCGAUAUUAAUACUAUUAUCAGGAAAAUGAUUAUUAGCGCUUGGCAGAUAACAGCACUAUUAACAGCGUGCUAACAGCAGCUCUGUUAACUGCCUGCUCAUUAACAGCAAAAGGUGUAGCAUCUACUAGCCUGCUGCCUGUUAUCGGGGCGCUUUCUUAUCACUAACAUGGCCCAUUGUUGAGUUGGUUUUGCAUUGGUGAAAUGUGCUAAAAUUGAUGGUUAGUAAAAGUGUUGGCAAGCUUUUUAAUACUUCGCCAAUAAUAGUCGAAAAAUAACAGUUAAGCGGAAAGCGCGCAUUUCGGGUUAAAUUACGCGGCGAAACGUGAAUAUCUGAAACUGUCAACGAUUUGCGAAAACGCGAGAUUGUGUGUAUUAUUGUGUUCUGAUGUCAAUGCGGACAUAUCAGCACUUUAUUUCUGUACCAUAAACUCUUGAGCAGGCACAAGAAGCAUCUUUAUCGCGCUACUAAUUGUUGAAUCAUCAAAAAAAGAAGCUAAUUGCGUGUAGUUCGUAAAAGUGCCUGAGAAAUAAAUAGAAUUUCUAUCAGUAUUAAAGUGUCUUACUCCAUGAAAAUAUAUAAUAUCUGACAUCAAAUCAAAGCCAAUUCAAAUAGAUGUUAUAGUGUCUCACAGUCACCCAGAAUAUACAGCGGCAACAUGCUGCAAAAUCUAUCAACAUUUACACUUUUCGAGCAAUCAAUGCAACUUAAUUGAUUGGUAAAUUGCACUCACAAAGCAAAAGCCAAAGGAGCAAAGUCAAAGGCAGGCUGUGAACCAGAGGCAGAGGCAAAACGCUGGCGCCAAUGCAAAUGAGCCCAGAGUGCGCCCGGACGAAAUCGAAGCUACAAAAUGCAAGCGUGAAAAAUUGCAAAUCACUUGAAAUUAUUAGAAAUCUUGGAGCCUGGAAACGGCAACAGCCAGCCGUUAAGGAUGUGAGCAUGGGGCAGCUGUUGUGUUUGCUGCUGCUUUUGUGCCUGCAGUGCCUGGACAGCUGCCAGGCCAGGUGUCGGGACGAGCCGCCGCGCGAUUGUGAGGCCAUCUGCGAUAAGACGGGCGGCAACUGUUCCAUACGGGCCCUGGUGCUGCUGCCAAAUGACGAUGGGUACGAGGCGUCGCUGCAGCGCGUGCUGCCCAUUCUGAAGGUGGCAGAGCAGCAGAUCCGUGCCACAUCGCUGAUACCAUCGUAUAUUGAUCUGGAAUGGCUUGCCCACGACACCAAGUGCGAUGCUUCGCUGGGCGUCAUCCGGGCCAUGGAUGGCAUCAUCAAGCAGUGUGCGCAGAUUAUUUUUGGACCUGUCUGCGACUAUUCGCUGGCUGCUGUAAGUCGCAUUACCAAGUACUUCAAUAGCCAGGGCACGCCGCUCAUCACCGUGGGCGGCUCCACCUACGACUUUGAGCAGAAGAAAACCGAUUGUGGCGAUGAGUUUUAUAUGCUACUGCGCACAGGAAUGCUCAGCUUUGAGUCCUUAUCCGAGUUGACUAUAAAUGUGAUGAAGCAGCACAACUGGUCACAUUCUAUUUUCUACUAUGAACGCGAUGGCCAGCGCAAUGUGGCAGGCUUGCACACCUGUUUUCUAAUGAUGAAAUCCCUCGGCAAACAGAUGCGCAACGAAAACAUGACCUUUGCCCAAUAUCCGCUUGAGCCAAAUAUCACGAAUCGGUCGGAGGAAAUGCGCCGCGAAAUUGGCAAUAAGCAUUCAAGUAAGUAA